GUUAUAUUACAUUUGCAAAGCUGUAGUGGAAAAGGGGGAACGCUUGGAGAUUCCACAUGAUUGCCCUGAACACCAGCAAAUAAGUGAUCUUCUAAAUAAAUGCUGGCAAGCUGAUUACGCACACAGACCCAAUAUGCAAGAAGUUCUUGAAAUCCUCAUUGGUAUUGAGGAUGGAUGGAAGAAAACACCAGGUAGGUUUUGAGCAUGUUGGACACAGAUUACAAUUAAAGAUGAAUUUUAGUACAACCAUGUUAAUUUGUUUUUAUAUUUUCUUCAAAGCCACAUUCUGUUUAUACACCAAUUGCUUGCAUUUUAUAAAUGCUGAUUGGUUCAUAAAAGGUUGAUUGAUGAAAUCCAACAAAUUCAGUUUAAUCACAUCCAGAAGUAUGAUGAACAUCAGAGAGAAAUAAGCACAGUACAAGAAAAGCAGCAUUCACUGGUGAUGGCCAAAGAUGUCACCAAUACAGCAUAGCGCAUCGGAACAUGACUUUCUGUCUCUCUAUCCUGUCAUCAGCAAAGACUUGAAAUCACUGAAACAGCCAAAUCAUCCCCAGCUUGAUCCCAAGCUUUCAUAUCUGAGAUUUUUUCCAGGUCUGAGGACUGAUGCCAUCACUCUGGACAAAAUGGGAAGUGAUCCCAGAGAAUUUGAUGGGGCUUGGGGUAUGACUGCUACUCAACCAGGUGAGAUUGCUGUGGCAGACUGUUGGAACCAGCGAGUGGUGAUCUGCAGCAAUCAGGGACAACUUCAAGGGAGUAUUCCUCUGCAAUCAAGUCCAUGGGCCAUCGCAGCUAUCAACUAUCAUGACAAUCAGUUGGUGGUUGUAGAUGACACCAAGUAUGUCAAGGUGCUCAAUAAGAAGAACAAGCUGGCCUUCCACUUUUCAACAGUACUACAGACUGAAGUUGACAAGACAGGAGUCGACCUUCGCAGUGUAGCGGUCAGGAAGGAUGGCACCAUCCUAGUAGGUGAUGUCAAGAGGAUGGUGUGGACGGAGCAUAGACCCAGUGAUGGUCAGCUCCUACACACCAUACCAGUGCAGACACCACCCUGGUUCCUGGCCGUUGAUGACCACACUGAUAGGGUUGUGGUCAGUGGAGGUGGCCAACCGAAAUUGGAUGUUGUUGCCAGCGAUGGUGCAACACUAUCCACAAUCGAACCAACCAUUGAUGGGAUGCCAGUGCGGGUCUGCUGUGGUGUAUGCUUUAACUCUUCAGGUAUUUAUGUUGUAGUCAGCAAUGGGCCCGGCACGGGUCACAUUCACCACUAUGACAGGGAUGGUGUUUUUCUUGCUUGCCUGGCUCAGCGUCUGUUCUCCCCACAAGGAAUCACAUUCACAUCAGAUGGGCAGCUGAGAGUAGCCGACAGAUCAUCAGUCAAGAUGUAUCACAAGGUGUGGAAUGUCCAAUGAUUGGACAUGACACCAACUGGCGAUCCCUUUUGGCAUCACAUCCCAACAGCAACUGUUGAUGAAACUGUCCAGCCACUGCAGCACCAAUCAACUUUCAUCUUCCAUUUCUAUCAUCCAUACCAUCAAGUUCAAAAACCCAAACACAGUACACUUGAAAGCCCUUCCGUCCCUAUUAAACAGACUGUUUUUACAUUUGCCCAGCAGAGAACUCCAAAACAGGAAGUAUCUGUACCAUUUCAUCUAGCAAUUAUUUUUCUUUAACAAAUUCCGGUACGCUGCUUAUAAAUUACUUCCUUGAAGUGGUUUCUGUCACUAGGUACAAGAAAGUACAUUUACAAGUAACCCCUCUCAAAUUGUAACUGCUUCAAGUAUGCAUUGCCCUGACAUGUACAUGUAUGUGUGUGCACUAAUCAAUUUAAAUGAAUCAAGUCAGGCCGUUAUACUGUACCAACCAGCUCUGUGAUUGCUGUUGAUGAGAGAUCAUGAUGAUCCCAUUCAUUUGCUUCAAUAUUUUGGUUUACCAGUCACAGGCAAUAUAAAUUGAAUCUCGGAUUUCAACAAAGACAAUUUGUAAUUGAACCCCUCGAUCAUCGGAUCAAAUUUUAUAGCACUCGCUUUCCUUCAUUUUAUCACGUGUCAUUGUUACAGUUUGAGACAUGUUUAGAAGCGACAUUCUUACGAUUCUAGUUGGGAUAUUUUUCUAUCACUCUGAUUUUUCACAGAAGUUACAUGUACAUGUAAAUAAGUCCCAACUUACUUGUCCCCUUACACACUCUAAAUGAGUAUCCUACACUUUAUUCUGUUUGCAUUUGAAAUGCUUUGCUUAAUAUAAAAUGUUUUGGAAUUUGACCCAACAACUAAGUUUCCAUUUCAGCUGAUUUCCGAAUUUCAAUAUUGAACAUAUGAUUUAUAUAUUUCAUACUUCUGUGUUGUAGUAAUGCAUAUUUUAUUAUCUCCAUCAUGUGAUAUUUGGGGAGGGGGUAAAUAAUACACUUGAACUUGAGAUAUCAUAACAGUUGUCUAUUUAUCAAACAUGGACACCAUCUUCAUGCAAAGUACCAGUAUCAAACCCAGAAUUUCUGGAAGUACAUGUAACUGCCUUCAUUGCCCUGCUCCUGGCCUCACUGUCCCCAUGCAAAGACCCCAGUCAGUUACUUCAAAGAUAAACUGCCUCUUAUUCUCUGACGCCUCAAAAAAAAUAACCAUAGCAACACAGCGGCCUCAAAUCAUACAAUGAAAGGCGCCCCCACUCGGUGGUUACCAAGGAUAAUGUAAUUUACUGUAUACACAAUAAAAUGAAAUACCUGAGGUGACCAUCUAAUAUUUGUGAAUAAUUUAAUACAUCUUUUUCCCUGA